AUGUUGUUGGACGACUGUGUAUCCACAAUUCUCUCCAACACCUUACCUCUAGAUGCAUGCAGGUCUUUGUCAGUAUCAUCUUCGUUUCGUUCUGCAGCAAAUUCUAGCAUUGUUUGGGAGAGGUUGUUGCCCUCUGAUUAUGAAGACAUUGUUUCAAGAUCAAUAACUCCUUUGAAAUUCUCUUCAAAGAAAAAGAUAUUUGUUUGUCUUUGUGAUCCCAUUCUCACAGAUGGUGGAAAUAAGAGAUUUGCAUUGGAAAAAUCAAUUGGGUUAAAAUCAUACAUACUCUCUGCAAGAGAACUUUCCAUUACAUGGGGCUAUCAGCCAAUGUAUUGGAUCUGGAAGUUCAUGUAUGGAUCAAGGCAAGCCUGCAGAGGAAGUCAUGGAUAUGUUGUUAGUUGUAGUUUGAUACAUAGCCUUGUUUAUUGUUUCCUAGAUGUGGGAUUUGUUGGAUUGUUAGUUUUUAUGUUGGCUUGUUGCAGCAGAUUUGUUGAAACAUAG